GAAGAUGAACUACAACUUCUAGAACUUGUAGUUCACAGUUCUUGCUUCGUUUCAACGACGGGCUCCUCCUCCUCGAUGGCCGCAACGACGAUACUCCUCGACGGCUGCAAUGAUGGGCAAGAUGGCGACGGUGCGGAACGGCGGCGCAGCAGGAUGGCGACGGCGACAGGCAGGACGGCGCGAAUAGCAGAUGGCCGGUGGCACUUUCCUCUGCGACUGCGUUUCAAACCAAGCAUGCUAUCUAGCUCUCCGGUGAAAAUGAGUGGGCAAAAUGUGACGUCCUCCCCAGUGAGGUGGUCGGAGCCUCUUCCAAGCAUGGUGGUCCCUUCUACCUUGGCAGUGGGUGGAUUCUCACCACUGAAAUCGCCAGUUGAUGUUAGCCACCAGGCAUCACUUCCAGCAAUGAUUGUGACAACCCAUGCUCUUAAUGGGGACAUGCGAGGGAGUGUCUUGAUAGGUCGCAUGGGCCGCUUUUCAGGGAUUGGACGAGGGAGUUCCAGGUCUGCAGUUUGGUCUGGCAGCCCUCAUUCUGUAUUGCCUGUGGCGCGCACCAGAGCCGGGAACCUAGUGGCAGUCGCAACUGCAGCGGCUGGAGCUGCUCCUAUGCCUUUGGCUGGGCAGCAGAGCGUUGAAGUGUCCUGGCCCACCCUGCCAUCCCGGCCAGUGCCGGUAUCUUUGACCAAGAGUGGUCAUGUGAAACGCUGUCCAGCAGCAGGUCGAAGUUCUGCUUCGUCCCCUGACACCAUGCUGGAGCCAGAAGCACAACCGAGAUCUUCUAGGAAGUUUGCGGCAGCCAAGGGCGCAGAUAUUGCAGAUUGGGACAGCAUUUUGAAGAAGGGGGUACUCAUUGAGUUUGAGAAGGAGAGUGGGAACUCUUCAAGGACAUAUUUUGGGGUGGUUCAGAAGUCAGAUGGAAAGCGAAAUUGCCUUGUUGCUGAUCAGAAUGGGCAUUCACAUUCGGUUUCCUACCGUCAUAUUCUCUAUGUUGUUCCAAGCAGCCAGGAGGUCUCAUCAUAUGAUAUCAAGGAGUUUCUGAGGAAAGCUGCAGAGCUGGCACAGGACACAUCGCUUCUGAGUGUGGCAUGGGAGAUGCUGCUACCUGAGAAUAGAGUCGUGGAUCCACAGAACAUGGCCGAGCUUCUGUAUGCAAAUGCUGGACCUGUGGAAUGCUACUCUGCUUAUCGCCUUCUUGCAGAUGAUCGUGUUUUCUUCAAGAAGAAAGUGAAGGGGCCUCCUCCGCAGCAUGAGCCACGACCAGCUGCCGUGGUUGAGGAGCUAAAACAAAAGAUAGCACAGCAGGAAGCCACACUGCGUCAGCUAAAGCGGUUUGUGGAGGCAGCACAAACUGUUAUGAAAAUGCCAAGGUCCAAUAAACCUGCACCAGAGUUCUGGUUCAAUUCUGAGAAGUCGAGGCCAUGGUGCACCGCUCUUAAGAAAUACGCACUGGAAGCAGUUGAGGCCGACCGGGAGAAGAAAACUGCUGAGCAGGUCCUUGAAGCACUAGGCUCCCAGCGCACUCCUGCCCAUGCAGCAGAUGUUCUCAUCAAGAUGGGAGCUUGGCCAGUGCAUGCAAACUUGGAACUGCUCAAGUCCAAUCUACCUGUGGAAUUCCCACCGGAGGUUCUUGAAUCGGCUGAGAGGCUGAUGUUGCAGCCUGUGCCAGAUCCUGAUAAGGACCACAGAGUGGAUCUCACGUCAUUGAAGGUGUACACUAUUGAUUCUGAAGACACUAAAGAGAUCGACGAUGGGCUCAGUGCAGAAAUGCUAGAAGAUGGCCAAUGGCGAUUUUGGAUACAUGUGGCAGACCCUGCGAGAUGGGUUCAACAAGGGGAUGUGCUUGACAUGGAAGCGAAAAGAAGGUGCACAUCUGUGUAUCUCUGUACAGGGGUCAUACCUAUGUUUCCCAUGAACAUGGCAUCAGGGCAGAUGAGCUUGGUGCAGAAUCAAGAAUGCUGCUCCAUGAGCGUAGGGGUCAUCCUUAACCCCGAUGGAAGCAUUGCUGAGUCAACUGUGAUGAAUGCCAGCAUCAGACCCACUUAUCGACUUUCAUAUAAUGAUGUGGACGAAAUGCUUGCUCUAAUGAUGGAAGAAGAGCGGGAGCUUCUUGUGCUUGCAGAGGCUGCCAUGAAGAGACGACAGUGGAGAAGGGCCCAAGGUGCGAUAACAUUCAGUAUUCCAGAAGCAGUUGUAAAGGUCAAGCAUGGAGACACUGAAACUCCAACAGUAACAGUGAGCGUCAUCGACCAAGAGAUGCCAUCAAGAGUGCUUGUCUCAGAGUUUAUGAUUCUGUGCGGUGAGGUGAUCGCGGAUUUUGGCGGAAGGGUAGGGCUUCCGCUUCCAUACCGAGGGCAGAUGAUGGCAUUCGGUAGCAUGGCAAGAAUGAGGAUGAUUGCGUCGAAGGUUGCACGCGAUGUGCUUAGUGAUGGGCCACCCGCUGCCUGCCUGCUGGGGGGGAAGGCUUGCGAUGGAUUGCGUGCAUCCAUAUCCAGGGGUGGAUCCAGUGGGGGAUGUAGGGGAGCGUGUUCAGCUCUCCAAUUCGGCGUUAUGGUGACCUUCUUGCACAUUUUCAGAUUAAAGCUGUGCUACGAGGUCAGCCGCCGCCUUUUGGUGCGCAAGAUGUGGAGCUUAUGAUGUCAUUUGUUAGGUACGAGAGUGAUGUGUGUGCUUCCCAUCAUUAUCAUGGAUCAAAAUUUUAUGCAUUUGAAGAGCUCU